GAAGCCGAUAAGCCCUCCGAUAUCGACACUGAGCUAUCGAUAACUUCCCGAAUAGCUCUUAGUCGCUUACAACUCGCCAAAUUUCUCCCAAGUCGAGAACAAUCCGAUCGCAAAGGCGUUUCGAGCUCAACUGGCGUAGUGAAGCUGGCUACGAUACCUAGGCAUAGACCUUACGCCAGCGAAGCAACCCAGCGUCGAAAAUGGCGACCCGGCGCAUCAUAUCGCCGCGCUCACCGUUUGGCCUACCCUUCCGAGCUAUAAUAUCGCGGUCGUACUCCUCGAGCAGCGCCGCGCACCAUACGGUCCCGUUAGCAUUCGAUCACCAUACGCCCCCGAAAGGCGGCCACGAUCAUAAAGAUUCGCCUAUAAUAUUUAUGCAUGGCUUGUUUGGGUCUAAGAAGAAUAACAGGAGCGUGAGCAAAGUCCUCGCUCGCGAUCUUAAGCGUCAUGUCUACACGGUGGACCUGCGCAACCACGGCGAAACCCCCCACGCGCCGCGCCACGACUACCUCGCCAUGGCCGACGACGUCGCAGGCUUUAUUAGCGACCACGGCCUACGGGAUCCGACCCUAAUCGGGCAUUCCAUGGGCGCCAAAACCGCCAUGGCGCUCAGCCUAAAAGAACCCUCCCUAAUCCGGGACAUCGUCUCAGUCGACAACGCACCAGUCGACGCCGUCCUCGGUACCUCCUUCGCGCACUACAUCCAGGGGAUGCGGCGGAUCGAAGAAGCCGGCGUAACGCGACAAUCCGAAGCCGAUAAGAUCCUGCAGGAAUACGAGCCCGACCUGGCGAUCCGGCAUUUUCUGCUGGGGAACCUGUCCCGCCCGCCUGCGGAAGACGGUACUGUGUCCCCGACGCAAAAGUUCCGCGUACCGCUUGAUGUCUUGGGACGCUCGUUGGGACACCUUGGGGACUUCCCGUUUAAGGACCCCGGGGAGAGGCGCUUCGAGAAGCCGGCGCUGUUUGUACGCGGCUCGCGUAGUACGUAUGUGCCCGACGAAGUAAUUCCGCUUAUUGGGCAGUUUUUCCCGCGAUUUACGCUGGUUGACAUCGAUGCUGGACAUUGGGUUAUUUCUGAGAAGCCAGAGGAGUUUCUUCGAGCGGUCAUAGAGUUUCUCACACCAAAGGAGUGAACGAGUAAACAAAUGAAUGAGAAUUAGAACGAGCUUUGCAUAUAUUAUAUCUGCUUGUAUAAUCGUGUAUCAUUGCAUCGGGGGGAUAUCAUAUAGACAGAGAGAGAAAGAGAACUAUGUACAUAGCCACCGCAUCGUAGGCGUUCA